AUGGCUUUCAGUGAAGAGCAGGAGGCUCUAGUUGUCAAGUCAUGGGCUGUUAUGAAACCGAAUGCUGGAGAGUUGGGUAUGAAAAUGUUCUUGAGGAUCUUUGAGAUAGCACCAGUUGCGAAGACCCUGUUUUCAUUCUUGAAAGAUGCAGAGGGUCCUCUUGAACAUAAUCAAAAGCUCAAAACCCAUUCCGUCGCCGUCUUUGUCAUGGCAUGUGAAUCAGCGGUGCAACUAAGGAAGUCCGGAAAGCCAACGGCGAGAGAGUCAAGUAUAACCAAACUCGCCGCUACCCACAUCAAAUCCGGAGUGGUUGAUGCACAUUUCGAGGUAGUGAAGACUGCACUGUUAGAAACUAUAAAAGAUGCAGUUCCAGAGAUGUGGUCACCAGAGAUGCAGGGCGCAUGGGGAGAAGCUUAUGAUGAGCUUGCAACAGCUAUAAAGAAAGAAAUGAAGCCCUCCACUUAGAAGUAUGAGAGAUUGAUUUCUCACUAAUGU